CGAUUCUGAGUACGCGUCGAACAUGUGCCCACGCACAUGGCAGUACAGAAGUUUGAGUGAGGGACCCGAGCGGUGAAACGAUGUGUCUUCAGCGCACAGCACUGUGUCAAUGCUGUUGCCUCAUACCCGUGCCCAAAGUUCCGGCUACCAAGGCCAUGGUUCGAAGGCGUAGGACAACGGCAUGGCAACGGGUUUCCACUAACCGCCACACCCCUGCAGCCCAGGCUCCAGGUGGCCAAAUCAGACUUCUAGGCAGCUUAAACGGGACAGACAUAACCGGGCGCGUGACGAUGCUCGCAGCACGGUGCAGAAGCCCGCAAAAGCUGCCUCGACGAGACAUGUCUGAGGGUGCAUUGUGCAAUUUCUGCAGCGCGGGGCACAGGUUCUCUAGUCAAACGCGCCCCUUACUAAAGCGUUGCUGUUAUUGAGGAAUGCCAGUGGUCGGAGGCAGCUGACGGAAAGCAGGAGAAAAGCCGGGUCAUGUCACGGUUGCUCGUUGCAUGCGCUCGUACGUCGCGUCUUCGCUAAAGCCUUCUAUUUGCUGCUGCUUGAUACAUAUUCCGCUACACGUACUGCAUUCUGGAUGCUAAUAGCUGUAGCUUUCCCUUUGUUACCGCCGUUCUUGUGAGCAGACAUCUGCCUCGAUUGCUCUUGCUCUUCGGCCAGCGCUUCUCCUGCAAAUGCGUGCCAGGAAGCCCUGCGCGUGGCAUAUGCUAGCCAUUGCGGGCCUUGUCGCGGCUGCCUGCGCGAGCGUUGCGUUCGCUCAGUAUGACAUCGUCCUGGACGUCGUGGACGCCCUGGACCCGGAGACCGAGGCGGCCCUGACACGACUGGACACCGCGGCGUUCAAGACUGAUGUCAACCUGGACGACGACGGGUGGACGUUUGUGAUCGGCAACCUCCGCUUCCUCCCGCCCAACGCCACGGAGGUGACCAGCUGGUCCGAGCACGUGGACGGCCACGUGUGUGACAAGGUGCUGGUGCUGGCUCAGGCCGAGGACUGCAGGCAGGUGUCCAUCGCGCACGACGGCUACUCCACCGCCUUCAUUGGAGUCAAGCUGCUGAACCCCCUGACGGUCCUGGGCGAUAUCUGGGACUUCAGCGCUUGAGAGGGUGCCGCACUGCUGGUUGCCGGUGCAGUGACGCUGCAGGCUCAGUGCGGGGCCUUCAAAAUUGUAGUACAUUGAUUGGCGUUGACUGUACGGGCGUGGCGUGGACGAGUAACCCGCAGGAACUGCAGACUGUGCUGUGGCACGCCGGGGAACUCCUGCUGCCUGCGGGCUUCAGAAGCCCGUGUGUGCGUCUGUGUACUAGUUAAGUUGAAGCGUUGGCCAAGCAUUUGCGAAGAUGGAGUGAUGGACGUGUUGAAUUGAUACGAUUUAGCUUCUGAGGCGAUGUGAAGGCACUGCAUGAGCAGGGGCUCAUUCUGGGAUUUCUGGCUCGAAAGCGGGGGGUGUCCAGUUCUUUGAAGCGCGUAGAUAUCGUGUAACGCAGCGUCACA